AUGGGUGACCAUCCACAAAAUGGAUGGAAAGCACAUGUGUACAGUGCAGCUAUCAAGAAUGUGAAGGAGAAGUGCAAUAAGGAUAUCGCGAAGAACAAUAUAUUAGGAAGGCUUAGGACUUUCGACAAUCAAUUUGAAAUCAUUAACAAGAUCCUUUCUCAAAGCGGUUUUGGUUGGGAUUGGGUCAAUAAUAAGCUAUCCAUUGAUAGCGACGAUGUGUGGACUAAAUAUUUGGAGGCUAAUAAGAAGGAGAAAGCAUUAGCUUCUUACAAGACCAAAGUAGUGAAGCACUGGGAAGCCAUCGCUACCAUAUAUUCAAAAGAUCAUGCGGACGGUGAAGGUGCCAAGACAGGUGCUGAGACUGCUGCUGAGAUUGCUGCAGAUCUAGAAGAAACAAUUGAAGUCUCUCCAGAAACGGUACCAAAGAGACAACGAACAGGUGAUGCCAUUAUGUGCAUGAUUGGAGAAAUGAGGACUACUUUCAAGGAUGCUUUGAAGACAACUGAUCCACUUCCAUUGCCAAAGGUUACUACUCCUUCUGAAAUACUUGCUGCACUUGAGUUGAUACCAGAGUUGGUAGAAGUAGACAUGUUGCGCUCUUACGGACAGUAG